UCAACAAAUACAUUUGAGACAAAUACAUUCAGUCAGAGAGUCGAUGAAGACCAUGAUGAAGAGGAACUGGUAGGAUUAGGGACGCGUCUAACACCUGUAUCUGCUGGUUGCGCCAUCUAAUCUGAUCCGGAUAUAAGAAGAUGCUCCACCGACUCGUCCUCAGCUGUCUGCGUCGGUGCGGGCCGAGCGGGAACGUGCGCGCGAGGGUUUAGGAUGGCUCUGUUCGUGGACUCUGAGUUCUCUUUAUUCAGACAGAACCAGCAUAAAGACCUGAUGGAUGUGAAGGCGUUGUUUGGAGAGCAGGAACUCUGUAAAGACGGUCGCAGUGAGAGCGCCGUGUCCUCUCCGGAACCGGACAGAAGCGGCUGUUUGAUGGAGGGUCAGAGGAAGAGGAAGCGGACCAUCUUCAGCCGGGCCCAGCUGUCUGAGCUGGAGCAGGCCUUCGCCGUCACCCCAUACCCGGACAUCACUCUGCGGGAGCGGCUGGCCGCGCACACACACCUGCCCGAGAGCAAAAUCCAGGUAUGGUUCCAAAACAGAAGAGCUAGAAGUAUUAAGACUGGCAGACUCCCCAAGUCCAGCAAGCCUGUCCUGGGAGGUAGGUUUGUGGAUCCCUGCGCUGGAUCUGGGACCUCCACAUACCCUGCAACAACUACUCUGGCAGACAUUUUCAGACAAGAUCAGAAUCGAUCCUAUGAAGAUGUUCCACAAAUUUACUCAGAUUGGAUUCAAAUCUACAGCAACCCAGUAUCAUCAUCACCUCCAUCUUCCUCGCCUCUCCACCAGCAGCCAGUUCGCGUCUGCCCGAAACCCUCAGAGUCCCGUCUCUGGGAGGAGGAGCACCACAGACAGCAGAACCUGGGACUAACUGGUUUCAUUCCAAGCUCAUUUCCUCAGCCCAUCAGCAGGCAGCCUCUCCACCCUACCUCCACCUGCUCCUACCAAGCCUUCACCAACUUCAAGUCCCAGAACCUCACUCCGUCCGGGAGCCACCAGACCGGGUACGGAGGCAGUGCUGGAGGAGGCGGAGGUCACAGCUCUGCUAACCAGGGAGUCUCUUCCCAUCCUCAACCAGUGUACUGGGAGGUAACUCAAGGACAGGGUCAUCGCCACCACCAUCAUCAUCAUCACCCACAGAUGGGACCACAGACCUCUAUGGGAUACAUCUCAGAUCUCAUCUAUAACGCUGCGAUUGUGACUAAUUUUCUGGAGUUCUGACUCAGAAUGAGGGACAUGGACAAAAGCUGAGCAGCAAAGACCUGGUUCUGUCCUUCACACUCUAGUGUACAAAUCUGUGUGUGUGUGUGUGUGUGUUAGAUUACACACUAAUAUGUUGAGAUUGUUGUGUUUUCUGUCAGUUUCCAUUGUUUUUAUCGCUGUAUGUUUUUUUUUAAUGUGCUUUAGUUUAAAAAUUAUAUUCUGUAUAAACCAUCUGCAAAACCACACGUAUUUAUAUAAUUUCUCAAUCCAAGCAGCCUUUUUCAGUUUACUAUUUCAAACUAGUAAUUUGUAGUUAAAGAGAAGCAUUGUUUCAGAAGAUGAACUCUGAGGUGAAGAAUCUCUUCAUCUUCAUGUUCCAGAUGUUUUCUUCUGAACUAAACAGGCUGCGGUUUCAUAAAGAUGGAUUUUAUCAGUGUGUUCAGGCUGACGUUAGCAGAUAUUGGACAUUUCAGUUGGU